GUUUUUAAACUUUAAUGAGGAAUGUAAAUUGAAGUGAAUUUUGACAUUUUCCCAAAACAAAAACUUAAAUAAUUGACUGUUAAUAUUCCAAAAGGAAGACUAUUAAUAUUUAGAAUUAUAAUUAAUCAAUCUCAAUCCUCAUAUUCUAAUCAAAUCAAAUUUUGAAAAGUCGCAAAAUGAAUCGGGGAGGAGGCUACUCUUCAUCUUCAAGAGAUAGAGGUUACAGACAAUCAUGGCGGAAUUCCAGUGAUUUCUCCCCUCAGUCUCACACCUCUCUUCAAGCUGAUACAUCUUCUAGUACAUCGGGUUCUUUGUAUAGAACUGCACAAAGAUCUUGGCAAGGGAAACAUCAUUAUUCAGCAGGUAAUGUGGGUCAAAAUUGUGAGAAUGUGUCUCCUUCAGUCCGUCGUGUUCAGGUUCGAGAUGAUGCACCUUCUAAUCGACGCGUAUCUAGUUCUUUGGAUAGAAAUCGACAUGGCUCAUGGCAAGUAAAAGGGUGCAAUUCAGAUGGUUUUGAGCCACAAAAUCACGAGCAUGUGACCUGUGGACGCCACCAAGGUGAACGACAUGGAAGUUCUACCUUCAGGGGUAGAAAUCCACAUGGCUCAUGGCAAGUAAACGGGUGCAACUCAGAUGGUUUUAAGCCACGAAAUCAUGAGCAUGUGACUUCUGGACGCCACCAAGAUGAAGGACAUGAAAGUUCGACUUUCAGGGGUGGAAAUCUUUGCACUGAAGAUGGGGCAAAGCAAUGGGUAAUGUCUUCCAAGGCUAUUAACAGUACUGCUGAUUCUAGCCAUGAUGAAAAGUGUGAAUCCAUGCCUUUUGAAUCAAAAGGGCCUUUACAUCUUGACCACUCAUUCAUCCAAAGCAUUGACCUUCCUGCAGAGGUGACUUGCCAAUCAGUUUCUCAUUCCGGAUCAGAGGCUAUAGUAAGUACUGAUAAAGAACAUACUAAUGAAAAUGAAGGGCAUGUUGAUUGUUCAACUCAAGUUGAAGCUUUUGACAUAUGCCCACCAAAAUCAGAUUCUUUGUUCACACUAAAACCAUCCUUGUUUUCCAAGAAUAGAGAAAAACGAAAUGAGAAGAAAAAAUCCGAUGGUAUAAUUUUAAGACCCGGGAUGGUUCUUUUAAAGAGAUAUCUUUCUAUCUCAGAACAGGUGAAGAUUUUGAACAUAUGCCGCAAUGAAGGUGUAAGGCCUGCAGGUUUCUUUCAGCCUGGGUAUCGUGAUGGAGGGAAGUUGCAUCUAAAAAUGAUGUGUCUUGGUGAGUUUUGGGAUCCUGAAACCGGUAAAUACGGGAAGUUUCGACCAAGUGACGGAGCUAAACCCCCCUCAGUUCCUUGUGAUUUUCUGCGAUUCGUUGAAAGAGCUAUAAAAGAAUCCCAGGCUCUAAUAGCUGGUCAUUCCAGGGUAAAUAAUGUAGAAGAUAUUCUUCCCUCAGUCAAACCAGAUAUUUGCCUCGUUAAUUAUUAUGCUGCUAGUGGAAGACUUGGUCUACAUCAAGACAAGGACGAAAGCCAAGAGAGUAUCGACAAAGGAAUACCUAUCGUAUCAAUCUCAAUCGGUAACACUGCAGAAUUCCUAUUUGGUGAUCAAAGAGAUGUUGAAAAUGCAAGUAAAGUCCUGUUAGAAUCUGGAGAUAUACUAAUAUUUGGAGGUAAGUCUAGGAAUAUUUUCCAUGGUGUUUCUACAAUUAAACCAAACACUGCACCAAAGUCUUUAAUUGAAGAAACAAAUUUUCUUCCUGGCCGGCUGAAUCUGACCUUCAGACAGCUCUGAUUCUCAUCUUUUGCUCGCUCUGUGGAGGACGACUGUCAUUGUAGACGCGCCUAGAUGGUUUUUUUCUUUAAGAAUUUCGCUCAAGAAUAUGAACUCUUAAUGUGGUGUAAUUUAAAGGUGUGGUGAAUACCGAGUAUUAUUAUGAUGAACUGCGUUUUGUAAUCCUAUUGCAAUGUUUUCCAGAAUUAAUGCUAUGCUACUGUAUAUGUUUUUGGGUGAUC